ACACAUUUGAUUUGCCUGUCACUACCAAAACAGUAUCAUUUGUAAACACGUGUGUUCUCAUCACAAAACGUGAAAUCGAAACUUGUUACAUUUUUGACCAUUCUGAGGAAAUUUUGAAGGAAAAAACCCAAAGCAAAAAUGUAUUUGAUGUACACUUUAAACGAAAACGGUGACCGUGUCUAUACAUUAAAGAAACAAACUGACGACGGUACGCCAACCAUUUCAGCGCAUCCAGCUCGAUUUUCGCCAGAGGACAAAUAUUCCCGUCAACGAAUUACAAUCAAAAAACGAUUCGGCCUAUUGUUGACACAAAAACCAAAACCAGUCUUCUAAAUAAACAAAAAAAAAAACGAUAGAAAAUGCAUUAAUUUUAAGUUCACCCAUAUUUGGAUAGUUACAAAAAAGCCGCUUUGUAAUAAAAUGGAUUUUAUAAAGUA